AUGACCACCUUCUUGAUCCAAGCCGAGCAAGAAUACUCCACCGCUAAAGCAGCUCUUGUCGCUGCUGGAGUGCAGCCGCCGGGGUCGCACAUCGAGUCCGGCUUCGUCGAUAAUGUGGAUGAUGGAUACCGGAUCAGUGAAGAGUGCGACAUCACAGGAUGUGUUGACAUCAAGCGGAUCGAGUCAUGGCUUGCGGACCUGCCUGAUAUUGAGCUCUCGGCUCAUGAUACCGAGGAUGAAAGCGCGGCUGAGCCCGGAGAUAUCGACCGGUGGGAUUUCGUGGAGGUCGCGUUGUGGGAGAGUCGAAGCAUGGUCGCAGAAGGGGCCGCGAGGCGCAGGAUUGACAAGUGGCGUGCUCAGGCUGCGGCUUGUGCGCCUGCGAUCCGUUGCAGAGGGUCCGAAGAUGGGUCCGAAGUCUGA